GGGAGGUUUGGGGCCACAUCCCUCCCAGGCUCUCCUGUCCUGCAGAGCCCACUAUUCAGUGCCCACAGCCUGGGGGCCACGUAAGUGCCCUGUGGGGCCGUGUCCACAGCACCUGACAUACUCCUCCAUCAGACACCCUUUUGGGGGCCCUCGGUGUCAGUGAACUCAGUGGUCCAGCCUGGCCUCAGAAGGGUCAUGGUAUGGGGGGAGCAGCAGUCUGUAGUCUUGGCUGCAUUCCUGCGGCAGGAGGGCCAACUGUGGACAGGGACUGCUUUGGGACAGAGGCCAGAAACCGCAGGUUCAGAAGGGGAUAAAGGCAGUUCCAAGGGCCAGGUGCCACCCACCCUGAGGAUGGCCCUGCUGCUGCUCCUGUUGGGCCUGGGGCUGAGGCUGGCCACUGCCCAACAGCUGGACAUACACAAGAUCGUGUACUGGAACUACGACAUGGCCAAGGUCUCGGGGGUCUGGUACUCCAUCUCCAUGGCAUCGAGCAACAUGAGUCGGAUCGGAAAAAACGGGGACCUGCGGGUCUUUGUGUACAAUAUUGAAAGCUUAAAAAAUGGAAGUCUGAAGUUCAGUUUCCACUUCAUGCUGCAGGGGCUGUGUGAGCAGUUGGCCGUGGUUUGUGAGAAGACGGGGAGGAACGGCGAGUACACCAUCAACUAUGAGGGAGAGAACGCAGUGCUCAUCCUGGAGACAGACUACAAGUUCUUCAUCACCUUCUACCUGCGCAACCUCAGGGACCGCACCCAGACCCAUGUGCUGGCACUCUAUGGUACCCCUCCCUGACCUCUGCGG